AGUUCUUUUGCCCCAUCCCUUUGCGAAAGUAAAUGGACAUUAUUUUACUUUCAAGAAAGCUACCAUAACCAGACAGCAAAUACAGAUAAUCCUUGAGUUACAACCACAACUGAGCCCAAAAUUUCUGUUGCUCAGUGAAACAUUUGUUAAGAGACUUCUGCCUCAUUUUUACAACCUUUUUUGCCAUAGUUAUUAAGUGAAUUAUUGCAGUUGUUAAGUUAAUAACAUGGUUAAGUAAAUCUGACUUCCCUAUUGACUUUUGGCAGGUCAGAUUUGGGGGUCUUACGGUCUCCAUAUUUAUUUAUUUCAGAAUUAAUAUUGGUUUUAGUGUUUUAAAAGGCUCUUAAAACAAUAUAUAUAAAUAAUAUAUAACAAUAUAUUAUUAGAAGAAACAGUACAACUUUUGAAAGAAAAAAGAUAAAAUAAGGCAAUAAAUGAAAAUAAGUUAAAAGUUAAAAGAAAGAAAAAGAGCGGAAAAAAAUUAUAAAGGAGCAGCUUCUGAUCUUAUCAGUAGCUACAUUUAUAUAUUAACCCCUCUCUCUAAGGUUACCACAUAAUUUCCUUCUUUUCCUUAGUUUUUCUUUUCGAAUCAUCAAAUCCCUAAAUCACAAGUUCAUUUUUUUUCUUGUUUCAGCAAAAAAAAAAAAAAAGUCCAUAAGGAGCUUCUAGUAAGCCCUACUCUUUUGACAAUGAACGGAGAGUUUCUUUUGGGAAUUUCCACUCUCCAACAGGGAAGUUGAAAAUGUAUUCAGAAAGAGAGCAAUGGUAAAUUAUUUCCCUUCUGGCGAUAAGAUAAGAAUAGGGCUGAGUCGAGCUCGGCGCCGGAAAUUCCAAACAUUAGAAAGAAAGCUGGUCAACAAUAGUGACACUUCUUUCUCAGUAAGACGGCAACCGUCCACAAAGUUGGAUAAUCCUCGUUUUUGGAGUUAAAUAUUCCACUUCAUAGCUCGUUGGGAUUCAUUCCCUCUUUUCCUCUUCUCCUCCCAGGAUCGUCUUCAGUCUUCAGAUCUUUCUAAAGGAAGGGCUUCACUGUUACAAUCCCAGCUGGGUGUUUUUGCCUAAGAUGCAGGGCUAACACGUGAUCCUACGUCGUGCAUUUAUUCAGAAGAAAGUCACCCCCCCCCUCCGGUGCUCUUGGGUGUUUGGUUUCCAGCGUUUUGACCCAAAGAAGUUCAUCUAGGACUCUCCUGUUGGCUGUUCUGCCUCUUCUCCUGCUGCGCCUUUCUAGUAAAGGAAGGUUCUGAAAGGCGUUCAGGUCAAGAACCAAGAGUAUAUAACUAUGGAGAAUAAAGCAAAUCAUUCUGUACCCGUAGUAGUAGCUCCUGGAUAUCCUGGACCACAGGCACAGUAUGGAUAUCCUCAAUACGCUCCUGGAGUGGCUCCAUACCCUGGUCCACAAGCCUUCCCUGGUGCUCCUGCACAGCCCCCGUAUGCAUUUCCUACAGCUUAUGGAGCUCCAUCAACCUAUAGCCAACCUGCUCCCCACGCAGUUUGGAUGCCAGAACCACCACCUCUUCCAAAUUGCCCUCCUGGACUGGAAUAUUUAAGUCAGAUUGAUCAGAUAUUAAUCCACCAGCAAAUUGAACUUCUAGAAAUUAUUACUGGCUUUGAGACUGCCAACAAAUAUGAAAUUAAAAAUGCUAUGGGACAAAGGGUGUAUUUUGCAGCUGAAGAAAAUGACUGUUGCACUUUGAACUGCUGUGGACCAUCACGACCAUUUACAAUGAAAAUUGUGGAUAAUAUGGGCCGGGAAGUCAUAAACCUCAUGCGACCUCUGCGGUGUUCCAGUUGCUGCUUUCCUUGCUGUUUACAAGAGAUUGAAGUUCAUGCUCCUUUAGGCACACCAGUUGGGUAUGUUAAACAGACCUGGGAUCCUUGUUUGCCAAAAUUUGUAAUCCAGAAUGAAGCCCAAGAAGAUGUACUCAAAAUUGUUGGGCCCUGUGUAGUCUGCAGCUGUUGUUCAGAUAUUGAUUUUGAGGUGUUAUCUUUAGAUGAAAACAAUGUUGGAAAAAUUUCCAAGCAGUGGACUGGUUUCGUCAAGGAGGCUUUUACAGAUGCUGACAACUUUGGAAUCCAGUUCCCAAUGGAUCUUGAUGUAAAAAUGAAAGCUGUUAUGCUUGGAGCUUGCUUCCUUAUAGAUUUCAUGUUUUUUGAACAUACAGGACAAAAUCGGCAACAACGUGCUGGGGUCUGGUAACAGAGUAUAAUCUUCAUUGUAGGAACUUCCAGUGAAGCAGUUUCAUCAUUUUUAUUUUCAAUGGAUGUCUCUUAUAAGAUAUUUUGAUUAAACAUUCUUUUUCUUUUGCCUUCAAUAUCAUAGGGUUUCAAAUUACUUCCAAAUUAUGAAGGCUGUUUUAGAAUUAAUAGUUUCAUUGAAGUGAUUAUAUUUUUAUAUUAAAAGUGAGAUCUUACUCCUGUGCCCUCAAGAUUUUUUCAAAUAGUGCUAGUGUUAAAUUUUGUAUUGUAACUUGAAGUAGUAAUCAAAUUUAUAUUUUGUACAUAGUGAAUAUAUAAAGUGGAUUUUUAAAAUAA